AUGACUGAUGAUAUGGAGUAGACCCUGUAUAAUGAAUUUAAAAUUCCAGGCUCAUCUAGAAUGUCAGAUACUUUCAGACCGCAAUUAAUUUAAAUGGAUAUGUAGGACAUUCCAUUUAAAGAAAAUUCUGAUUAUGACUCAAUCCCAUAAAUGGAUUCUCUGCAAAACAUUCGAUUCAGAAACGCCAGCAACUCAAACAAUUAAGGAAAAGAUGUGAUUACUUCAAAAACAUUUCAUCAUCAGAUUGAUAAAAUCAGAGUAUACAAAAGUACAGGAAUGCUAAAGAUGCUUCUCGUUAAUAACCAUGUCAACUCAUUUAUAGAGAAACUUAAGAAAAGAGCAUACAUAUAUCCUAAACACAAGAGCAAACAAAUAACAGAGCAUUUGCCAGAAUUUUUUGCUAAAAUAAAAAAAAAUUGGAGAAAGUCAAAAUAAUUACAACAACAAGACGACAAUCCUAAAAAUACAAUUUCAAAGAAAUUGCCAGUCUUUAAUCCAGCAAGCAAAUUCAUGAUCUUUUGGGAAUUCUGCAGAGCCAUCUAGUUGACAAUAUUGUUGUGGUGGCUUCCUUAUAAAAUAGCAUUUAAUCCAUCCUCUAAUUCAAGCAUUGAGGCCUUUGAAAGUUCUUUAACAUACUUGUUCGGAGCUGAUUUAGCUAUUAAAUUUAAUAGAGGGAUAUUUGAUUAAGGUAAAUUAAUCAAAAAAAGAGUUCACAUAAUUAAAUCUUAUAUAAAAAAUGAAUUAUACGAAGAUGUCAUUUAUUUCAUAACUUUAAUAUUUGUUAUUAGUGAUAUUGGAAUUAAUACUUACUCCUUUUAGGAAGUAAUCGUUUUAGUGUAAUUUGGAUUGAAUUUUAUUAAACUCAAGAAAUACCUCAAUAAGUAUGAGGAAACCUUUGUGGAAUCCACUCAAUUAACUGAAGUUUUAAAUCUAAUUCAACUAAUCAUCAUUACAUUCUACUUUGCUCACUUUAUGGCUUGUGUUUGGCAUUACGUUGGUGUUAAGAGUGCUCAAUCAGAAUAGAUAUCUUGGACCUAAGAUCCAUAAUUCGACAAUUCCAACACCUUACAAAUGUAUGUUUACUCAUUCUAUUGGGCUACAACUACAAUGGUGACAGUUGGAUACGGAGACAUUUCUGGUAAAAAUAUAUACGAAGUGUUGUGUGCCAUCAUACUUAUGAUAUUUUCAAGUGGUAUUUUCGCAUUUUCCAUGAACCAAAUAGGGUCCAUUUUUACUAACAUGGAUGCUCAAAAGCAACAGUAUAAAAGGACUCUAUUGUUGAUCAAUUAGUACAUGAAUAACAAUUAAGUGGAAGAAUAAUUAUAAGGUAGAAUACGUAAUUAUUUAAAAUACCAUUUCCACAAAUAAGAGAAACUAUACAAAAAUGAAAUCAGCGGCAUUAUUGAUAAAUUGCCUUCAAAUUUAAAGCAAGAACUCAUAUAGGAUGUUUAGUUUAGAGUGAUGCAAUGCAUUCCCUUUUUCAAUAAAAAUUUCUCUGAAGAAAUCUUGCCUUAAAUAGCAUGCGAAUUAAAUCUUUAAUCCUACACUCCCAGAGAAAUAAUUUAUUAAUAGAAUCAAUUGGAUGAGUGUUGCAUCUAUAUAGUUUGGAAAGGAGAGGUAAAUCUGAUUGACGAUAAUUCUGGCAAAAUAUUAAGGCGAUUUACAACUGGGCAAUGUUUUGGGGAAAUAGAAUUCCUGACAAACAAGAGAAGACAAGGAACUGCCAUCAGCUGUGAUUUUAGUCAAAUAUACUACUUAUCUAGAGUGCAAUUUCUCAAGAUUCUCAAUUCCUAUAAUAAUGACUUUUAGCAGUUCCAUCAAUUGAAAGAUUCUAUUCUCUUCCAAUAUCAAUCUUCUCCUUUAGAGUGCUAUUGCUGUCAGGAAGCUCACUGCAUUUGGAAAUGUCCUUACAUUCACUAUAAGCCAGACUUAGAGAGAGUGAUAAAAUAAGAGUUCGUGAAGGAAACCUAUUAGGACAGGUCGCAUUUUAAAAGGAAAGGAGAUCGCUUAAAGGUGUUUAGAUAGGAUAGCAUCUAUUAAAGUACAAGACACAUUAGAACUUCGAAUGAGAUUGAGAUAAGCUAGCCAGUUGCGAGUGGCAUAUAAUAAGUGGGUUCAAUUUCUGAAUCUAUUGAAUCAGGAGACGAUAGCAUAAAAUAUGAGAAGAAAAGUGAUCAAGUGCUUACUUUGUCUUACUGCUACCCUAAUGAUAACAAGAGAACAACGGUUAAGUUGCGGCCAUUGGUUUUAUCGCCAGUGCAACCAGCAGAGUCUCCAAAGGCACGUCCAGCAGAAAUUCUUAGAUACGGAUAGAAAUAAAAAAAGAGUUACUUCUUUCCAGAUAGUGCUAUGGUUAAUAACAAUGCUGUUAUUAAAAGGAGGGAAUCUGUUAAAAGAAAUUCAUCAAUUGUUUACACCUAGAAUUUUAAUAAACAGUCUUCAGGUUAUGAGGUUGAUGUGAAUUAAGAGCCGUUUCAAAUUAUGGAUGGAUUGGACAAGUUGAUAUUGUAUGGGAACUAUUUUCCAGAUGGCAAUCAUAAUAAGGUCAUAGAAGGCCUUCUUAGAUGCUAAAAGAAAUGUAGAUUAUUGAGAAAACAUAUGGUUCCAAGUAAAUACGCAUUUGUUAGAUUGCAAAAAUUUGAAAGAUCGAAAACACAUGGAAAAAAGAUUAAUUUAUGA